UUUUGAAUAUUAUUGUAAAAAAAAUGUUCUUUUAUGGUACGACAAAUUUGAUUGAUAUAAAGAUAAUUAGAGUGAUGGGUUGUGCUUCAUUGACGGUGAAAAAUAGAAUGGAAUAAUAUUAAAGAAUUGAAAUUAAAGUAUCGAACAAGGUGGAGGAGUCGUAGGAAGAGAAGGAGUAGAAGGAGGUGGAGGAAGACGAGGAGAAGGAGGAGAAAAAGAAGAAGGAGGGAUGCAGGAUGGUUAGCAUCAGCAUUAGCAGCAGCAAUAACAACAGAGGAAAGACUAGAAGAAUAUGCAUCAUAAGGAAAAGCGAGAUAAAAGAGGAUAAGUAUGGGGUGGAAAAUGAGGCAGAGAAGAAGAAAGAAACAGGAAGGAAACGAAUGACAAUGCAAGAAGAAAAACUAGAGAAAACAUUGCAAAGAGUGCAUUUUAAAUUAAAUUAAUUUUUCUAUCUACAGAUGUGUCGUGCGGUGCUGCAUAUUGUGCAAUAAUAUUUGUGAUUUAGUUUUUAAUGAUUAUUAUAAAGAAGUAAAAACAAAGCAAUAUAUGUUGAAAAUAAUUUUAUAUAGAAGAUUUAUCAAAGCAUAAUAUCGCGUAAAGUUGCUUAAUCGGUAGGAAGUCACAUCAACUAUACAGCUGUGUAACCUGUACAAGACACCAAUACGUGCAUUUUCUUCAUUACAUCGGCUGUAAGAAGUCAUAGGAGAAGAAUUACUAAGAUCUAAGAACGAAGGUACAAAUUGUACACCUGCAGCAAUAGAAGACUUUCCACACGAUCUUUUCGAUGAAAAACAAAGGCAAGGAGGAGCUGUCGUAGUGCACGUAAUCGUUUCGCUUUACUUGUUUAUCGCGUUAGCAGUAGUUUGUGACAAGUUUUUUGUUCCCGCCGUAGAAAAGAUAUGUCAUGCACUUUCGAUGUCCAAGGACGUAGCAGGUGCUACUUUUAUGGCUGCAGCAACGUCGGCACCGGAACUGUUCGUAAACGCAAUCGGUACAUUUAUCACCGAAGGUGACAUCGGUGUCGGAACAAUAGUAGGCUCGGCUGUAUUCAAUAUCCUCGCAGUACCGGCUUGUUGCGGUAUUGGUGCUGGUAUGGUAGUUCCUCUAGACUGGUGGCCAGUUAGCAGAGAUUGUCUUGCUUAUGGUGUUACAGUCGCUAUUCUAAUAUGUAUUAUACACGAUGAACGAGUAGAAUGGUACGAAGCGUUAACGCUAGUAUUAUUGUACAUCGUAUACAUCGCUGUUAUGUAUUGGGAUAAAUCGUUCCAGCGAUGCACACGAUUUCGUACGCAUAACGCUGACCGAUCCUCGGAUGACCACCGACAUGCGACAGAAGAUAGUACAGAAAUUCAUAUGGCAAGAUCGGAUAAAUUACAAGCGACCAGUGAACAAGUCGAACAUAUAGAUGUACCAUUACAAAAUGGAGGUACAAAAACACAAGAAGAAAAUCCUGACCCUAAUUAUGAAUACGAAUUAUUGGUAUGGCCAGCAAGAGCUGGAUGGAUAAGAAAAACAGCAUGGAUUAUGACUUGGCCGAUUCAUUUGAUUUUUAUGUGUACAAUACCAGAUUGUGAGAAACCACGAUUCAAGAAUUGGUUUCCAAUAACAUUUCUUAUGUGCAUUAUUUGGAUUGGAUCCUUAAGUUAUGUGGUCGCAUGGAUGAUCACUAUAAUUGGAGAUACUCUUAAAAUACCAGAUUCCGUUAUGGGUAUUACUUUUCUUGCUGCCGGUACUAGCGUGCCAGAGGCUGUAUCAAGUGUAAUAGUAGCAAAACAAGGACAUGGUUCAAUGGGUAUUAGCAACUCGAUAGGAUCAAACACUUUUGAUAUAUUGUUGUGUUUGGGUUUACCAUGGUUAAUCAAAUCUUCAUUUUCACCAACACAACCAGGAAAACAUUAUAUCAGUAUAAAUUCUGGUGGGCUUGAAUACAGUGCUAUAUCGUUGUUAUCGACAUUAAUGUUACUUUACAUUGCUUUCGCUUCAAAUAAGUUUCAGCUCGAUAGAAAAGUCGGCCGAGCUUGUUUAUGUAUGUAUGCUGUGUUCCUCAUAUUAGCCUCGUUGAUAGAACUCAAUGUAUUCUUCAGGGUAAACUUACCCACGUGCCAGAGGACGGUCAAAUGAUCUGAAAUCAAAAGUAGACUUGCUUAAUGAUAUUUGAUACGGUGUUUAGUUGACCUUCGUACGUUCUCUUGAACUUACGAACAACAUUGUGAAUUGAAGAAUGCUGUUUUACAUUAUAUAAAACUAUUUCUUCUCUCGUCUCAUUUCUCAAGGAGACAGCCUUUUAUUUCGAGGCUUCGCUAUUCCAUAUCAUGUUCUUUUCUUUAUAAUCGAUAACCAAUUAUACAUAUCUUUUAUCUUUUAAAUUCAUAGUUUCCAUCAAUUUUUUGUCCUUUUUGCACGUUUUUUUCGUUUUUUUUUUCGUUUUUUAUUCAUCAUUAAUCAUUAUCAUUCGGUUUUCAUACUUUUUUUCAUACAUUUUUUCAUUGCGAUCAAAAUAUAACAAGCAUUUUUAUCAUCUUCAUUUCUCAAAUUCUUUCUCUUGCGCUAUCGUCUAGAUAUUUGAUUUAUUGUGAACAAUGUCAAUUUUUAACGCAAUUAGAAAAUAUCAAAUGUAAAUAAAAAAUAGAAAAGAAGAAAAUUUCAUUUUUUGGUAAAUAAAUAAAUAAAAAUUUGUCACUUGUGCGUAUAUUUCAAAGAGUAAGAUAUAUUCACAUGUUCAUAACAGUGAAAAGUAUUAAUAUGUAAUUGGAUUUAGAAAAAACAAGAUUAUAAUAUAAUAAUAAUAUUAUUAAAGAUAUUAAAUAAAAUAAGAUUAUAAUUCUGUCUUAAAUUUUCGAUAAAAAAAUUUAAUUAUAAAAAAAUAUUGCAAAAUAUGAUAAAGAAACAAAAAAUAAUGUGUCAAUAUAAAUAAUACAUAUAAAUAAUACAUAUAUAUAUUAAUGUAUAUUACAUAUACAUAUAUAUAUUGUAUACUAAACAUCAUAUGUAAAUAUACAUAUGCGAUACAAUAUACGAUAGCGUAGAAAAGACUGCCGCUUUUACAUUUCAUUUCGAGAAUAUAACACAUAUGUACAUCAAACAUUAAAUAUAGAUACGUAUGUUAUUAAGUAUGAAUAAUUAAAUAAAAUUUCGAUAAUCGGUUAUCGUUGCGAAACACCAUGAUAAUUGAUUAUCGGAAUAAAAAAAUUACAAAAGUUUCGAUAAUUACACAUCGAACUGAUAUCAAGGUUGUUUGAUAAAAUAAAAUUGACGUGUACUGAAAUUCGUCGCAGAAUGUAUAUUUAGGUAAUCUUUAAGAACUUAACAUGUUUAAUAAAGUACUGUAAUAAGUUAUUAAAAAAAAAA